AAUUUGCAGCUUCUGCUCCUCCGUCGUCGCUUCUCUCUCUCACAUCCUCGCUGGGAGGAAAGGAAGCGAGGAGACACAUUAGCGGAACACAGAGACACCGACAGCCUGCAGCCCGGACCGCCGCUCGGACGCACAGCUGUCUGCAGCUGAUCCUGGACGGACCUGACCGAACAUGGAGAUUUCAUUUGAGGGCAAACGAGCUCUGGUCACCGGAGCAGGAAAGGGGAUUGGCAGGGCCACGGCUCUGGCUCUGGCACGCUGUGGGGCAGAGGUCACGGCGGUCACACGCACACAGGCCGACCUGAACAGUCUGGUGCUGGAGUGUGCAUCCAUCAACCCGGUGUGUGUGGACCUAGCGGAUUGGGGGGCCACGGAGGCAGCCCUGCAGGAAGUCGGCCCCAUUGACCUGCUGGUGAAUAACGCUGCCUGUGCCAACCUGCAGCCGUUUCUGGAGGUCACCGCCGACCAGUUUGACCAGUCAUUCAAUGUGAAUGUGAAAGCUGUGCUGCAUGUCUCCCAGAUAGUUGCUCGUGGAAUGAAGGCCAGAGGAUCAGGCGGCUCCAUUGUCAACGUUUCCAGCCAGGCCUCGCAGUGUGCCCUCAGAGACCACGCUGUCUACUGUGCCACUAAAGGAGCCCUGGACAUGCUGACUAAAGUGAUGGCUCUAGAGCUUGGACCCCACCAGAUCCGUGUGAACAGCGUGAACCCCACAGUGGUGAUGACUGAGAUGGGUCGCGUGGGCUGGAGUGACCCCAUAAAAGCCAAGACCAUGAUUUCCCGCAUACCCCUAGGCCGCUUUGCAGAGGUGGACGAUGUGGUGAACAGUAUUUUAUUCCUGCUGAGUGAUAAGAGCAGCAUGACUAAUGGAGUCACUCUGGCGGUGGACGGAGGUUUCCUGGCCUGCUGACCAACACGAGCCUCUUCUCAGGACACCGCUGUCUGCUCAGAAGAAUAAGAACAAAUCCUUCCUGUCUUAUUACCUCACUUAAUUAUACAGAUAGAGGUCAGUUGUAUUCAGUAAAUAAACUAAACCACUGCACAACCAA